AUGUCACCGCGCUCUCCGCGCACUCCCCGCACUCCGCGCUCCCCGCGCGCGCCGAUAACCCCUCGCAGACGCCGGCACGAUGGCAGUUACCGACCCGGCACGCCGUCCCAUCGUCCUGGCUCUCCUUAUAAGAACGCGCCGCCAUAUUUCCUCGGCGGGCAACCCCUCGCCUCCGUGGCCGCUUCUGGGUCAUACGAUCCUGCUAACGGGGGAUCGCUUCCCGACGGAAACAGCGGCGGGUUUUGGGGAGGUGGUCCGGCGCUGAGCGCGUCCCGGCGAGCGGGGCGGCAGCAGGGAGGCGGCAGAGACGGCGGCAAGGGCGGGGCAGGGGGUUUCCUGGUGAUGAGCGAUUGGCUGACGUGUUCGUUACAGUCCCUGCUACAAUCGCGUAUGGAGCAGCUGCAUGCGUCGGAACAGGUGAGCCGGCGGCAGCUGAUGGCGGAAACUGCGGAGAUGGUUCUCAAUGUGCUCGACGCGCGUUCCUCAGACGAUGCGCUCGCGCAUCGCUCCGAAGUCUCCGCGCUGCGCCGCCUCCAACGGGAGUCGUUCAGCGACCUAUUGCACCUUCGCGACCGGCUCACGCGGCUCGAGCUCCUCGCGGACGAGUUCUCCCUCGGCCAGCACCGCGUCGCGCCCGCCGCGUUCCUCGCCGCAAACUCCGGCCGCACCGAGAUGGCUUUAAAUCUCGCGUCCCUCUGCCGGUCGUCGGACCGCCUUAGUACCGUUCUAGGAGUCGGGCCGCCGGACCCGCUAGGCCCGGCAUUAGCGCUAGGCGGCCCGGUGGUGCUGCAGAAGGCGGUGUAUCGGGCGCAGGUGGCGGAAGGGUUGGCGGUGACCGCCGCGCCGAUGGGCGCAAGCGGAGCGGACCUGGUGGGGGAAGGCUCCGUGGGGGCGGGAGUGCGCGGAGAUAGUGCAUCGGCUCAGCAGCCACGUGGCCUCACCACGUUUAGCAGCGGCACGAUCCCGCUCCUCCAAUCCAUCCGCGGGUCAGCCCUCGCGGUAACCGUCGACACGCCCGUCCCCGCGCUUUCCCCCUUCCUGCCCGCGGUCUCCCGCGCUCUUUCCGCCAUUCCGCGCGCGCUUCCUCCAUCCAUCGCCCGCGCCCUGGGCCUCCGCUCCUCGCGCCAAUCCCCGUACACCCCCCUCCGCCCCUCCUCCUCCCGCUCCGCUUCCGCGGAUCCGCCCGCGCUGUCGUUUACUGCGGGAAAGCUAGUCGCGGGGUGGGGGGUUCCGCUGGAAGAUCCUUCCGCGCUCGCCGCCGCCGCGGCGGAUACUGCGCUCUGCACCUCCGCCAUGGGGCAUCUUGCGCUCCGCUUUUCCCCCACUCUGCGCGUUUCCGCCGCCGCCGCGUCGCACUCGUGGCCCGCGCCGCCCGCGCCGUCCUUCCCCGGACUGCACUGGUCAGAAAUGGGUCCCCUGGUGCUUCCGCGACUGGGGGGAAUCUUCCGCAGCCCGCACCCGCGCGGCGGGGGCGCGAGGGGGGGAAUGCAGGUGGUGGCGGAAGCGGGGUCGACAACAGAAGGGGGAGCGAUGGGCGGAAGAUUCGGGGGAAGCGGUUUGGGCGCGGAGUCCCCGCGGAGUUGCGCCAGUGGGGGAGUGGAUAGAAUAGUAGUGGAAAGUAUGAGGGCCGGGGGCGGGGGUGGAAGCGGAGGUAUGGGUGGUAUAGGGGGAAGCGGGAACGUGCUGGAGGGCGCAGGUGACAGUAUUGAUGCCACGAGCGCAUGGCUGAUGGACAUGGGUGACUAUAACGAGAGCAGACCAGAGUCUUUUGGCGUGGCGCUGGCUUUUGAGAAGGAGCUUCAAGGGGGAACAACUGUUUCCGCGUGGGCGCAGCGGUCUAGGUGGGCGGGGGAGUAUGGGGGCGGAGUGGCGGCAGGGGGAGGUGGAAGGGGGGGAGAGGAGGCGGAAGAGGGAUUUCUGGGGAGACUGGGCGCGGAUUGGCAGUGGGCGGUGGCGGUAACGGGAAGAGCAGCAGGGGAAGAGGAGGGGGAGAGAGUACGGAAAAAGGAGAGAGGAGGGGGGGGGGGGAGGAGGGGAAGGAGGAAGAGGGGUGAGAGCGGCGAGGGUAGUUGGGUACAGGGGGGAGUGGGGAAGGGGGGCGGGGCGCGGAGGCUGUGGCAGGGGGAGGGGAGUGUUGUGGUGGACUGUGGAGGCGGAGUGGUGCUGGAGCCGGGGGUGGUGAUUGCAGGGAAUGGGGAGCUGGGCGUGCACACUGCCUUCAUGCUGCGAACCACACUCAACAUCUAG